AUGGCUCCCAUCAACGACACAACUGACGCAGACGCAAAAGCGACCGAAGUACUAAAGAUUGUCGAACAGUAUGGUCUAAACUACGAGCGGACUGGAGCUUGGGAUGGGUUCGAGACGUUCUUACCUAUUGUGGCGGGACAGGUAGAGCGCAAGGAACCAAUUCGCAUGUUACUACCUGGUUUCCCUUUCAAAUCGCCAAAUCAGAAAGACAAGGUGCUGGGUGUGUUGCCGGAUUUGGGCGAAGAGCUUGCGCUGAAACAUCUGGAUGGGCUGUGCGAGAAAAUCAAAGCGAUCUAUGGGCAUGGCGCUGAAUGCCACAUCACAUCUGAUGGUCUCGUAUACAACGAUCUGCUUGGUGUGACCGAUGAAACCGUAUGGAACUUUGGACAGGGCGUGCGAGAAAUAGCUGCAGCCAACAAGCUUCAGAACCUUAGCUUUCUGCGCCUCUGGGACCUGCUCGAUUAUCCCGGAGACUUCCAGUCAAAGGAGUACUAUUUGAAGCAUGCAGCAAACAUUCGAAAAGAGCUCAAGCAACGUUUUGGUGACCCCAAAUUCGAAGCGGACAUGGCCAACACAUCCACUAGCGACAUGCAGAUGACGCAUACCAAGUAUCUCGAGUUUCUAAAGCAGGACCUGGCUUUCAACGAUCGGCACAACGCGCUGUCACCAGAAGACCAGGCUGCGAAUAUUGCCAACACAGCAAAGGAGAUGAUGGGUCGAUGGAAAGCGUUUUCCGCUGCGCUGGCAGCCGUACCUACACAAUACAUCCGUCUAUCAAUCCACGAUUCGGGUGGUAAAGAUAAGCUGUCCAUGGCUAUCAUUCCGCAGCAAGAGAAAGGAGCUUUGGGCGCAACGCCAUGGCACUCGACGCUCGUGAUCGAGGCAGAUGGAACGUUGCGUACGGUGCAGCGAUGCAAAGUCGACGAGGGAAGCUAUCAGCUCGUUUGUCGCGAUGACCGACCGUACUGUUUCCGCGCCAAGCUAGAAGGCGAAGACGAUUUGAACAAAACAUUCGAACAGCUGUAUCCCUCUGGUCUCACGAUUCGAAAUCGCAAGGCGGUGGCUACUUAA